ACAUAUAUAUGUGUGUGUAUAUGCAUGUAUAUAUAUAUAUAUAGAUAUGUAUAUUUGUAAUGCUUGUUAUAAAUUCGUACCCACAUCGACACCUGUUGUAUAUAUCUCAUCUCCAUUCUCAUUCUCAACCACUUCAUCUCUUUAAUCCAAUUAACCCGGCCUAUAAAUCUCCAAGCCUUCCUAUAUUCCCUUUCCUCCACCACAAAUCACCAGGAAGAGAAAGAAGGAGAAGAAGAAGAAGCGCUUCAUUGUCAUUGUCGUUUUCCUUCUCGUCGUCGUCUUCUUCUUCUUCCUCUAGUUGUCGUAUGUCGUUCCCGUCGAAGAUGAUGAUGGUGACCGUCGAUCCUUACGUGUUCUGGACCUUCUUCGCGUCGCUCGUGGGGUUCCUACUUCUCGGGUUUCUUCGCCGCCGUAAUGCUGGCGGUUACAAGAGGAAGACGGUGAUGAAGAAGAAAGCCACCGUGGCCGACGCCGAAGACGGGGAAUUCAGGAUGGUUCCCAGCUCCGAUACCGACGUCAUCAUUGUCGGCGCCGGCGUUGCUGGCUCUGCCCUCGCUUGUACUCUUGGCAAGGAUGGAAGAAGAGUUCAUGUGAUCGAAAGGGACUUGACAGAGCCAGACAGAAUUGUUGGUGAACUUCUCCAGCCUGGAGGGUACCUGAAAUUAAUCGAAUUAGGCCUUGAAGAUUGUGUUGAGGAAAUUGAUGCUCAGAGAGUGCUAGGAUAUGCUCUUUUCAUGGACGGUAAAAGCGCCAAGCUUUCGUAUCCUUUGGAAAAGUUUCACGCAGAUGUCGCCGGUAGGAGUUUCCACAACGGACGUUUUAUACAGAGAAUGAGAGAAAAAGCUGCUACCCUUCCUAACGUGCGGUUGGAGCAAGGUACCGUGACAUCCCUGCUUGAAGAAAAUGGGACAGUUAAGGGGGUUCAAUACAAAACAAGGGAUGGUCAAGAACUAAAAGCUUAUGCUCCUCUAACAAUCGUUUGCGACGGUUGCUUCUCAAAUCUGCGGCGCUCUCUUUGCGAACCGAAGGUGGAAGUGCCGUCUUGUUUUGUUGGUUUAGUCCUGGAGAACUGUCAGCUCCCAUUUGACCACCAUGGUCAUGUCAUUCUUGCAGACCCUUCUCCCAUUUUAUUCUAUCCGAUUAGUAGCACCGAGGUUCGCUGUUUGGUUGAUGUGCCCGGCCAAAAGGUACCUUCCAUCGCUAACGGUGAGAUGGCCAAGUACUUGAAGACCGUGGUCGCUCCACAGGUACCACCUGAAAUCCAACAAGCCUUCAUAUCCGCGGUCAAUAAGGGAAACAUCAGAAGCAUGCCAAACAGAAGCAUGCCUGCCAAUCCACAUCCUAUACCUGGAGCCUUGCUCAUGGGUGAUGCUUUCAAUAUGCGCCAUCCCUUGACCGGUGGAGGAAUGACUGUGGCGCUGGCCGAUAUUGUUGUCCUGCAGGACCUUCUCAAGCCAUUGCGCAACCUAAACGAUGCAGCGUCGUUGUGUGAAUAUCUUGAGUCGUUCUACACUUUGCGCAAGCCUGUAGCCUCCACAAUAAAUACUUUGGCGGGCGCCCUAUACAAGGUGUUCUCCGCUUCCCCCGACGAAGCAAGGAAGGAGAUGCGCCAAGCAUGUUUUGACUAUCUAAGCCUAGGUGGUACUUGUUCAUCUGGUCCGGUGGCUUUACUCUCCGGUCUAAACCCUCGCCCACUAAGUUUAGUUCUCCAUUUUUUCGCCGUUGCCAUAUACGGUGUUGGUCGUCUUCUACUUCCGUUUCCUUCCCCUAAACAUGUGUGGAUCGGAGUGCGGUUGAUUGUGGGUGCAUCAGGUAUAAUAUUUCCUAUCUUGAAGGCAGAGGGACCACGGCAGAUGUUUUUCCCGGCAACCAUACCGGCCUAUCAUAGAGCUCCACCUAUCAGGGGAGAUACGACAACAAAGUGACUAUGGCAAGGAUCCCAAUUACGUGUGAAUUUCUUCCAUUGAAUUGUACCUUUGAUUGUGGAAGAAUGUUUCAUUUGUCGUAGAACUGAAUAAAAUGUAAAACUAUUCAUACAGAGACACGAUUUUUCCAAAAA